AUGGCGAGUAGUGAAGAGCCUGUUCAAAUUACAUCAUCGGGUGGAUCGGAAUCGGGGACAACACCAUCGAUGACUUCUACUACUACUACCAGUACUACAAAUGCCUCUAUGAUGCCAGCUCCAACUGGUAUUCGUAAAUUAUUUAUUCUGAUUGGAAAAUAUUUCAAUUUGAUUUCAUUAUUGUUAUUUAUUGGAGCUCUCGGAUGGUUUGUGUGCUGGCCUUUAUUAUCAAAGCACGUUUACUACUCGGAAAAUGCUCUCUCCGUUUUCUUUCAAAACCCAGAGUACAAUCAAAUGGAUGCCAAUUUCGGUGCUGAUAUUUAUAAUCAAUUAAAAACAUUGAAUCGAUCAUCGAAUGAUUUCAGAGAACAAACAUACAGGACAAUAGAAAAUUAUUUACAUUUAGAAAAAACUCCUUUUUUCAGUGAAUUGAAAAGACAUUCUUUCGAAAUUGAAAGAAAUUAUAUUAAUAAGAUUGUUCCUGUGAAAGGGGAGAAUAUGUAUGUUACAAUAAGGCCUGGUCGUGGAAAUGGCAAAGAGUCGAUCGUGUUGACAGUUCCUUUUUUAAAAUCGGAAAGCUUAUCAUUUGCUCUGUCUAUUUUAAAGAUGAUUUCCCGAAUGAAGUGGUUGAAUCAUGACAUAAUUCUGGUCAUCAGUGACGGAUAUGAUCAUCAAUGGGCAGGUGAGGAUGCAUUUAUAUCAUCUGCAGUUAUACCUACAGGAAGAAUGAGAGAAGCUAUCACCAUUGAUUUUGAUUCAUUUAAUUUUGAGCAAAUCGCAAUUUUAACGGAAGGAGUGAAUGGAGAGCUACCUAAUCUUGACAUGGUAAACGUCGUUACUGGAUUGCUGAGCGAGGGAUAUUACAAUUUUGGGUCAUCUGUGUUGGCCUCUUUCUUUAAAGCUGACCCCACAACGAGUACUGAUGUCGAUUCUUUAAUUAAGAAAUAUUCUCAAUUCAAGGACCAGCUACCAAUAGCCAUUUAUUUGUAUCAAAAAUUACUCUUCAGGCUUAACCAAUUACUCAACAACGCAAUUCCUCGAGAUUUUAUUGAAGAGAGUGUAAUAGUAAUGUAUCACUGGUACAAUCAAUUGAUAUCAAUUCCUACAGGUCCUCAUGGCUGGUUUAGAAAGCAACUCACUCAUGCACUCACUAUCACAAACUCAAUUGUACCAUCCUCAUCUAUGAACAAGAGUUUGAAUCAAACAUUCUAUUUACUUGGACGAGUCGUAGAAAUAACUAUUAGAAGUCUUAAUAACCUUAUUGAACAGUUGCAUCAAUCAUUUUUCCUUUAUUACUUGGUCUCGUCGCAACACUAUUAUGGAUUUGAACACUAUUUACCAAAUUUACUGAUGUUUGUAGGAGCUUUGACCAUUCAAUUCAUUGGUAAUUAUUACUUGGAAGGGGCCACAGAAAAGGUAUUAACUCACUCCUUGAUAUUUGUUUUGACAAAUUAUUUUAUUGGAAUUUUGAUUUAUCUUACUCCAGUAAUUUUAAGAGAUGUGGCCAUUCAUUUACCAUUCAUCAACAGCACCGAUACAGAUUUUACAAAAUAUUGGUUUUCUAUCGUAGUUGCGCUUGUGACGAUUGCGUUGAUUGCUUCUCGCCCAAUUUCAUCCAGACUUUAUGAAUUUUUCAUUGGAGAACGCCCUGGUCCUCUUAGUUGGAGAAAUGUCAAAUCAUUGACAGUAGCUUUGUCUACUUUAUGUGUUGGAGCAAGCAUGAUUUAUUCGAGUGCUCUCUGUAUUUUCCUUUCUACUUUCUUAUUAACCUUAUGCACUAUCACAAUGACCAUUCCUGAGAGCAAGAUUUUGAGGUUGCUCCAACUUGUUGCCAUUUUGAUCUUGUGUCCUUUCAAUUUACUAGUGGUCAAUGUGAUUACCAAAAACUAUUUCUUUGAUAUUCCCAUUUCCUCUCAACUCGAAUCUCUGUAUCACAUUACUGACCUACCUCAGAACUUAUUUUACAUCGUAUUUUGUGCCGUGAUGAUUCCUACAUGGACUGUAUUUUUGCUUCUUUCUGUAAUCAAGUCCUCACCAAUGCAAACAGCAACUACAGUAAAAACCAAAGUUGAGUAA